CUCCAGACUACCUCACACGCUUCCCGCUUGAGGACAGUCUCCAGCGCAACAAGCUGACUGCACAGACUGCCUUCUCCGUGUUUCUAUAGCCAGAGACAUGACCUGACACCUUUGAUGACCAGGCUCAGGGCUCUUGCGUGACUGGCUGGUGCACCAUGGAACUUAAAGUAUGGGUGGAUGGAGUUCAGAGGAUCGUUUGUGGGGUCACUGAAGUCACAACUUGCCAGGAGGUUGUAAUAGCCUUAGCUCAAGCAAUAGGUCGAACUGGAAGGUAUACUCUGAUAGAAAAAUGGAGAGAUACGGAAAGACACUUGGCACCUCACGAGAAUCCCAUCAUAUCCUUAAACAAAUGGGGGCAAUAUGCCAGUGAUGUGCAGCUUAUUUUACGUCGGACGGGGCCCUCUCUCAGUGAGCGGCCCACCUCAGACAGCGUGGCUCGGAUUCCUGAGAGGACUUUAUAUAGGCAGAGUUUGCCCCCCUUAGCCAAACUGAGGCCUCAGGUUGACAAAUCAAUCAAACGGAGAGAACCUAAGAGGAAAUCAUUAACAUUUACAGGAGGUGCCAAAGGAUUAAUGGACAUUUUUGGAAAAGGUAAAGAAACUGAAUUUAAGCAGAAAGUGCUGAAUAACUGCAGAACAACAGCAGAUGAGUUAAAGAAGCUGAUUCGUUUGCAGACAGAGAAGCUUCAGUCUAUUGAGAAAGAGCUGAAAUCAAAUGAAAUAGAAAUACAAUUUUGGGAGCAAAAAUAUAAUUCUAACCUCGAAGAGGAAAUUGUCCGCCUGGAGCAAAAGAUCAAAAGAAAUGAUGUAGAAAUUGAAGAGGAAGAAUUUUGGGAAAAUGAAUUACAGAUUGAACAGGAAAAUGAAAAACAGCUGAAGGAUCAACUUCAAGAAAUAAGACAGAAAAUAACAGAAUGUGAGAGCAAAUUAAAGGACUAUUUGGCUCAGAUCCAGACUAUGGAAAGCGGUCUAGAGGCAGAAAAGUUGCAGCGGGAAGUGCAGGAGGCACAGGUCAAUGAAGAGGAGGUGAAAGGAAAGAUCGGUAAGGUCAAAGGGGAAAUUGACAUGCAAGGCCAGCAGAGUCUGAGGCUGGAAAACGGUAUUAAAGCUGUGGAGAGAUCUCUUGGACAAGCCACCAAACGAUUACAGGACAAAGAACAAGAACUGGAGCAGUUGACGAAGGAGCUGCGGCAAGUCAAUCUCCAGCAGUUUAUCCAGCAGACAGGGACAAAAGUCACCGUUCUGCCGGCAGAGCCCAUCGAAGUAGAGGCCUCUCAUGCAGACCUAGAAAGGGAGGCAGCAUUCCAGUCUGGGUCCCUGAAGCGGCCUGGCUCAUCUCGGCAACUCCCCAGUAAUCUGCGGAUUCUGCAGAAUCCUAUCUCAUCUGGUUUUAAUCCUGAAGGCAUAUAUGUAUAACAUUAUCUGUCUUUAGGGAGAGACCCAAUAAAGGUACCACGGACAGUAAAAAUUCUUUCUUUGAUUUGUGCCAAUGAUGAACAGAGAGAGAUUUCACAAGCCACCAUAUCUUUUUUCUGUCCUGAAUCGCAUACCACUUGGAGCCAUACCCUGUGCACUGAUGCUAAAGAACAAAGAAACUGUGUUUCCACACAUCGACAGUGUUGAUAUUUUUAUCCAGCAGCUGUAAUGCAAAGCCUUCAUUUUUAUUUGUAGCAUUUUGAGAGCAUUAGGAAAGUAUUAUACUGUGUGUAUACAUAAAAAAAAAGUGACGUAAGAAUGAAGAGAAAUAUGUGACUGGCUUAGUUUAAUUUAUUCCAUGUAAUCAAUUAAUGUGUGAAUGUUGAUGUUUUAAUAUUUUUUAUUAAUACUUAUCUUGUGACCGAAUUACAUUACAUACUGUGUGAUUUAUGACUGUGUGUAUGUGGCCAGACCCCAGCCGUGCAUUGCUGAUGACAGCCACACAGUGUCAGAGGGCGCUCUGCCAGCAAACCAGACUCCGGAAGAACCCACUUGCACCUACUGUGUGAACUUGUCCUAGCGUUGCUUAAUUGGGUGAAAUAAUUCAGCUUUUCUUUUUAAUCUGGAGUUCAAUUUUUUUUUUACAAUGUUUUCAGUAUAUGAAUGACCACAUACCAGAACAGAAAUAUUUUCAUGAGAUAAAUUGUUAUUUUUAAACGGUUUGCAGUGCUUCUGACACUGUUGGACAAAGAUGUGAAUGCUGACUAUCUAUCCAAUUAGGCAAGGGGGUUCCUGAUACAUUGUUAUGUUUCUUCCCUGCCUCAUCAUUUUACUCUCAUGGAUCCUCAGAGUUGCCAUAAUACAUAAGUUAGAGAUAUCUGAGGACCAGGUCAGUCCACUUUAGGAAUGUUGCUUUGAGUCAUGUAUUUUUAAAAUAGCCCACUUCAUUUGUGUGGUCUUCUGAUGUAAGCACCCAUGUGACUUGCCUGUCAUUUACUGUGUGCUUUAUGGCCUGUUGCGAUUCCUCCAGUCACUUAGAUAGCGAGAAAGUGGAUUGGAGGUAGGUACUUUUUAUCAAGGAAAUGAAGUUAAUUUCAGUGUUUGUUUUCAUUUUUGAGCUUGACUUUUAUAGGACAUUAAUCUCCAUUUGUACAUGUAUUUUCUUAUUUAUAAAACCAAAAAUGAGUCAGCCCCCCUUCCAUGAGUAGUGAUUUAACUAAGACUCACAAGUAAUAUCUAAAUGGAUGUGGUCAGGUACCUCUUAGCCAUUUUUACAUUCCCUCUGGUCAAAAUUUGGUACAAUAUAAUUAAGAUCUUUUUCUGAAGUUUAUAGUUUUUAAUUCUGAGGAAAAUACAUUCUCUAUAUUAUUUACAUGCAACAGAGUAACUGGAUUAGUAUAUUAAUGCCAUGGUAACAAUAAAAAGAUGUAAGUUAUAGCUUAUGCAUGAGGGCAGCUUUGGAUGUUCUAACACGUUUGACUUAUCUUUGGUUUAAUGAAUGCUGAGAAUGCUGCUAUAUUUAGGUUUCCAAUGGAAAAUUAUAAGAAUGGCUAUGAAAAUAUAUAGAAGCUUCUAGAAAACUGAAAGUAAUAAUGCAGAGUUGCCUUUUCUAGUUCAGCUAAAUGGCAGAGCUCAACUAAAGGUAUUGUUUUCUUUGGGUUCUUGGAAUUAUUGAGUUGACCUUGCCAUUAUACUAUUUUGCAAAUAACUUGAGAAAUAAAUGAUUCUUACCUAAAUAACACAACCCAAUUACAUUUUCUCUCAAUUUAUAAUAGUUUUUUCAUAUCUACAUAUGAUUAAAAAUUCUGAGAAUUAAAAAAUUAAAAUAAUUUGUAGAUUUUGUGACAAUAAUGAUUUAUGUAUGCCCGAUAUAUGCCUUAUUUUUAAAGGGUUCAAUCCUAUACUAAGAGUC